AUGACUCUGGAGGAGAUCCACGGACAGGAACCUAUGCCUGCAAGCCACGACUGGAUGCAGGGCGCCGGCAAGGCCCUCCACGAGCUGCUGGUGUCAGCGCAGCGCCGCGGGUGCCUCACCGCCGGCGUCUACGAGUCGGCCAAGCUAAUGAAUGUGGAUCCGGACAAUGUUGCUUUUUGUGUCCUGGCCGCGGAUGAGGAAGACGAAGGGGACAUUGCUCUCCAGAUACACUUCACUUUGAUCCAGGCCUUCUGCUGCGAGAAUGCCAUUGACAUUGUGCGAGUCAACGACGUGGGCAAGCUGGCUGCCAUCGUGGGGCCCAGCGAGGAGUCUGGGGAACCGCGGGACCUCCACUGCAUCCUCAUCACGAACCCAAAUGAAGAUGGCUGGAAGGACCCAGCACUAGAAAAGCUGAACUCGUUUUGUGAAGAGAGACGAAAUGGCAAUGACUGGGUGCCAGCUAUCACCCUGCCUGAGUGAUGGUGACUCAGUGAACUGGGGAGGCUGAAACCUUUGUUGCAUUCUCAACGUGGUGUGAGUUCACUGAAGUGUGCAACAAGCUGCUGAUUCCAUGGAUUAGCCUGGUCAAGAGACUGGAUUAAAGUCACCCAGACUGGCAUGUGGUGGGCUCCUACAGAGGAGAAAGAAGAGAGCAGCUCACCUUACCAGUGAGUCUCAGUAGGCUGCAACUGUGGAGAGGCAGACAUACCAUGAAACUGAAAAGUUUUGCAAGUUUCCUGGUCACCUGGAGCUGUUUCAGAAAGCGGAAAGGAAGAUGGGAGAGGUGGGCCAUGACUUUUUAGAAGUACUGGACAGAGUACUGUAACUAGGAACUGUUGGUGCUGUCUACAAAACACAGAAGAAAGUUUCAAUAUUUGAUGGACUACCAGCGUCACUAAGACAAAUAUAGAGACUCCAAA